AUGACUCGAAAAAAAUUAAUUUUAAUUUUUUGUUUAUUCUUUUUUCUGCUUCAAAAUGUUCCUUGUCAAAAAAGUCAAGGAUUCUCUGGAAGAGUUUCAAGAAUUAGUUCAAUUUCUGCUGAGUCUAUGCGAAAUUAUGAAUUUUCUGGAUUUAAAACAGAUAGAGUUGUGGCAGAAGAAUAUGUUCAAAAAUUGGUUGGGAAAACCCAAUAUUUUAUGCCUGAAAUGAUUGAAGCUGAUAUUUAUUGUAAUGAUAAAUUAUCGGAAAAAGAAAAGGAAGGGGAGGCUAUAGAAGAACCUGAAAAUUCAAAAAAGGAGUUAAAAGGGUGUAAAUCUAUAACCUCAAAAGAUAAAACUGUUGAAAAAAUAUUAGAAUAUAUUUAUUUACAAAAAAAGAAAAUGUCAGAGAAUAUGAGAGAACAAUUUGAGAAUGUUUUGAUACCGGCAAAUAUUAAAUGCAAAAUUGGGUUCCCUUUACCUAAAAAUAUUUUUGGAAAAGCAUUCCUUCUCGAUUCGGCUUUGUCUUUUUCAGAAGACGAUUUAAAAGAAUUGGUACUUGGUAAAGAGAAAAUGGUUUACGAGAAACCAAAGGAGAAUGAUGAAGAGGAAAAGAAGGAGGAUGAGGACAAUAAUGAUGAUGAUGACGAUGAUGAUGAUGAGGGAGAUGUCCAAUUAAGUACAUAUGUAUUGUUAGAAGCAAUAUAUAAAGGAAGCAGAGGAUUUGGUAAAAAAGUAUUGUUGAAUUGGGAAAAAAUACCGGAAACAGAAUAUAAAUAUGAAAUUAAAAAAAGGCAAAGAUUAAAAGAUAUUGGAAAAAGAAUAUAUAAAAAGGCAGCAGAUUUGUUGAGAGAAAUUAUAAAAAGUGUGGAGAAAAAGGUGAACAAAGCUAAAAAAUGGAAAAAUAUUAAAAGAGGGACAAAAACAUUUUUUAGGAAAUUUAACCCUUUCGGAAAGCCAAAAACAUCUCCUGCAAGUUCUAUACCGAGAGAAGAGGAACCUUUAGGGGAAAAAGCAAAUUCGCCUCUUUUGUCAAAUCGAGAGGAGGGUGUAGAAGAGGAACAACCGAAAGGAGUAGAAGAAGAAUUUCGAAUAUCAACACCACCUUCAACAGGAAUUACACCAUCACCCGAAACAAAAAGUAAACUGUCAACUUUAUAUUCUUUUCAACAACGUACUGAAUCUUCUUCAAAUAUAGAAAGACAUAAACGAGUACUUUCUGAAGGUUCAAACAUUCCGGUUAUUCAGACACAUGUAGAGUUGAAGAGUCAAGCAACUUCGGAACGAGUUUCUUUUAUUGAGCAAAUUGUCGAAACAGACGAGGACAUUGAAGCUAUUAAAAAAUUAGAAAGGUCUGGAAAAGAUAAAGUAGAUGAUAAAAUAAAAGAUGAGAUUAAAGUAAGAGUUAAAUCAAUUAAAAGGAAAUGGCUAGAUGAAAUAAAUAAAUUAAAAUCCUUUGAAGAGAAGGAAAAUAAAAUAAAAGAAUGGAAGAAAAUUAUUGAAGAUUGGGAGAAAAAAGCUAGGGAAAUUUUUGAUGAGAAAAUUGAGGUAAAAAAGGAUGAGGAAGGUCAUAAAAGGUUGAUUGAACAACAAGUUCACCCAUUCAGAUUCCUUCAGGUGUGAAAAUUUAAUUAAAUUAAAUAAAGUUAGG